AUGAGCCAGGUCGCAAAGGGCGAGGCGCUGUGCGCAGACGGCUCGAGCAACGUCGACGCCGCGCUGGCAUUCUACAAGGCGCUCAAGGUCUACCCGCAGCCCAAGGACCUGAUCGCCAUCUACGACCGCACGGUGCCCAAGGAUGUCAUCGAGAUCCUCGCCGAGAUGAUUGCGCUGGACUCGUCGCUGAAGCUGGGCUCCGCCGCCAGCGACGCGGGGAUGGACAGCCAGAAUGUCGAGUAG